GGGCUGAUGGUGGUGGUGAUGGUGCUAGUGGAGGGGGCGGGUCUCGGUUCCCGUGACGUCACGGCUAUUUUGUGCCGUGUGUUUUUUCUGCGUUUCAUUUCCACAGACUUCACAGCGCGUCUCCGUGCGGAGGAUAAAACAUCCACAUGGAUAAUAAAGACGCUGACAGACGCCUCGUACAGACACACUGACGUGUAGAGAUUGAUUUCACCUGUCUUCUGUUUUAGCUCUAAUACAAAUGGAGCUCCCUUCGGCUGGAGAGCGAGUGUUCGCCGUGGAGAGCAUCGAGAAGAAGCGCACCAGAAAGGGAAGGUUGGAAUACCUGGUGAAGUGGAGAGGAUGGUCACCAAAAUACAACACGUGGGAACCGGAGGAGAACAUCCUCGACCCACGCCUGCUCAUUGCAUUCCAGCACAGGGAGCGCGAGGAGCAGCUGAUGGGCUACCGCAAGAGAGGCCCAAAACCUAAGCACUUUCUCACCCAGGUCUCAUCGUUUGCCCGGAGAUCCAGCAUUCUUUCUGACCUCUGUGAUGCGUCUCAGGACAACGGGUUCCCACUCGAUUCUUCCGCCGGCACAAAACAGAUGCAGCAGUUUCGUCUGGACAGCAGAAGGCACCAGCCUUACCAGAGCCUGGAUGACAUCCUCAUCAACACGAAGAACGAGAAGAGGCAGUGUUACCCGCUCCACAGCAGGAAGCACCACCAGAACUGCCCUGAUCCCACACCAUACCAGCAGGAACAGGCUCAGGAGCCGGAUCAAAAACGUCACGGUGACACGCAGGAUGUUGGCAUGAAGCUGGAGCUGGAUGGUGGAAAUGGAGAUUUAAAGCACAUUAAACAGAACGCGAGUCCUGUGAACGGAACAAAUAACAAACUGAAAAUCGUGAAGAACAAAAACAAAGACGGACGAAUCGUCAUUGUGAUGAGUAAGAACAUGGGGAACGGGAAACAAGUGGAUGGAAGGGUCCAGUCGUCGGAGAGAGGAACCGAUUACGUCAAAGACUCUGUGGAGGAGACCAAACCUUCCGAGAGGAACAGCUUUGAAAACGACUUACUCGAGGACAAAAAUGGACGAACGGAAGCUUCAAAACCGACUGAAAAAUCCGAUCCACAUUCCUCUGGAGGCGGCGUUCAUAAGCGGCGUCUCUCUGAAACUUACACCAACAGACGGGAUGCUCAGAACUUCCUGAGCUGUCGGAGCAUUAGUGCACCGAAUGCUAGCUGGGGUCAGAGCAACGACGUGAGUCUGAACAGACACCAACCUCUGACUUCUGACAUCUCAGCCUUGGGUCAGGACGAGCCGAUGGAUCUGAGCUUUACGGGUUCUCGAGGAGCCAGGAACGCUCCCACGGACUGUCGGUCAGAUACGUGCUCGGACCCGGCGGAGACACAGACGCCGCCACCUACACAGGAACCUGAGCACUCGCCGAGCUUCACGCCGCUCCUGGGGAAUAUAAUUAUCACAGACAUCACGGCGAACUGCCUCACAGUUACCUUCAAGGAAUACGUUCCUGUCUGAAAAAAGAGAACUAUUGAAUUUGUCACUUUGUAAGUUUGUGAGCAUGUAAAUAAGCAUUUUUUCCCCCCAGAAAGAUCUAAGACCCAAGUUAUGACUCGACAUUUUCACGAUAACAUACAAAUAUCUGUUAUUUUUACAAAAAAAAAAAAAAUCAAACAUUUUGUCUGUGCUGCUUAGCUAAUGUUAGCGCUGUUGCUCUCUCUCUCACUCUCUCUCUUGUUUCAUCAUAUCACAGGACAUUAUGAUUACACCGACCGAUGAAGAUGGAUAGUGGGCGGGGCUUAAUGCACAUUCCGUUCGAUAAGUCGUGAGAAUUUUUUCCCAGCGUUUUCCGAUGAACUAAACGAUGUGAAUUUAACGUUGACUAUCAAAUUCACCACCUGCUGCUAUUAAUAUGUCUCCUUUUGAUAGGUGUGUAACAGUACGGCGAGUCGCGUCGUUUUGUGCUGUACGAUGCUCACGAUUCGAAGUGUCUGUGUAUCUGAUGAUACCUUUAACACUUUGUGUAGUGAUUAAAAUCGGCUAAUUGUUAUAAAAUAACAAUUAAUAACUUCCUCUUUAUCCUGAGACACCGGCGGCGACUUUCCCUAAUCACAAGCUAAUACUACGUGCUAGCGAGUUACAGUACUAGCAAACUACCUGGGACAAAUACUAGUGUAUCUACACCAACACCAACGAAACACACACACACACACACACACACACACCCUGUUUGCUGCUUUUCUAGCUCAAUCAAAAACACAUUUGUCCUGCAUAAAGGUACAUAACUUCACACACACUCUCCACUGAGCCACUCCAGCAGGGUUGCCAAGUCUGUGCUCUGUUUCAGGUUUGAGAUGUACUUAUGGGGAAAUACCUGGCAACCCUGCACAUCAGUGGGAACUUGAGCAGAGACCUAAUGUAUAAUUAUCUUUGUUUCUCUGUGUAUAUUUCAUUCUAACUCACGCUGCUUGGAGACUGAACACAUCACACAAACACCGUGUUAAACACUUUUAUAAUGUUGUUUUUGGAAUCAGUGGAAAAGCGAAACCCUACACACGUCUUCUGCUUUUUAUUUCUGCUGUUAAUGAAAAAAUUGAUACACAGCCAAAUCGUGGAUUACAUUAUUUAAGCGCUUAUAUUAAAUAUUUCUACCUUUUUUGUUUUUUUUUGUUAUAUUCUGAUAGAAAGAGGAUAAUAUACAAAAAGGUACAUCAUAAAGAUGCUAGAUGAUAAAGACGAUCAUCCAAAUGAUUCUAUUUUACUCGAUAAAGUGAGAUUCGAUCCGUUAACGAAUUCAAUGCAACAGCGUUCGAUGAUGCGUUUCCUUCAUGCCUUCGGAAAGAACUAGAUUCGAUCAAAUCGCGCAAAAAACAUGCUGAUAAUCUGAUGGUGAGUUACAGUGCUGACAAAUUCCGAUUCAUUCGAUUUUUCAUGUCUGCUUGGUUCAUUGGUCGGUAUGUAAAGCUCAAAUUUUUAAGCACUUCUGUAUGUAAAUGUGAACAUUAGAAAUGUUCUGUCCUGCGUGUCAAUAUUCUGUAAAGUUGCUUUUACUCACCAGGUGUGUCUCAGACGAACACCUCAGCAUAUUAAAAGCUUAUUUUGUGUGUGAUAAUA